GUGCGGGCCGCCAGGCCUCGAUCACUCAAUGGCCGUGCAACUGUGGCGGCGGUGGAGUUGGUGCGGUUCGGGUCUGCAUGCACAGUCUCCAGCGCAUUACGUUGUUGACAUACGGUGACGGGCGUGUAAUUCUUCUCGCGGACAUUUGAAGCGAUCCUCCGUGAAGUCGUGUCUGUUGCUCGCGCGAUCUCGUUUCCCGAGUGCGUCGCCAAGGAAGUGUGUAAAUUUCGUGCUCGUCAAAAAUUAUCCGUGUUAAUUCCUGCGAAAGUGUCAACUCCCGUGCACGCGAUGAAUGUCACGUCAAGUUGUCACACUCCCGAGUAAAAAGCGCUGGAUGAGCGGGGCCGCCCAUGUUGCUGCAGCCCAGCGCUCCCGCGGCCCUGCGGCAAGCCCUCCGGCCCGGCUGGUCGGCGCACGUCGCCCCGGACGGCAGGCUCUACUACUGCAACCACCUGACCAAGACCUCGGCGUGGCUGCCCCCUGCUGAGACCUGGCAGAAGACCUGCGGCUCCUUCCCGUACGGCUGGGAGCAGGCCGUCGACUGCAAUGGCAAGCCUUACUUCAUCAACCACAUCAACAAGACGACGACAUACGCGGACCCCCGCAAGGACUGGAGCGAGGAGCCGCCCAGACCGCGAGAUGUGGAGCUCAGCCGACACCCGGAGCUGGGCUUCGGCUUCGUCGCCGGCAGCGAGAAGCCCGUCAUCGUCAGGUUCGUGACGGAGGGCGGCCCCAGCGUGGACCGCCUGCAGCCCGGGGACCAGAUCCUCGUCAUCAACGGAGAGGACGUGAAGAGCGCUCCCCGGGACCACGUGAUCCAGCUGGUGCGCGCCUGCAAGGACUCGGUGCGGCUCACCGUCUGCCAGCCGCCGCUCGACAACUCGGCGCGGAAGUCGGCGCUGCUCAGCGCCUCCAAGAAGGCCAAGCUCAAGUCCAACCCUUCCCGCGUGCGCUUCGCGGAGGGCGUGGUGGUCAACGGCUCGCCGCUGUUCCCGCCCUCGACCUUCUCGCUGGGCGACGCGGCGCUGCCCUUCAUGCCCAACGUGCUGAAGGUGUUCCUGGAGAACGGCCAGACCAAGUCGUUCAAGUACGACGCGACGACGCUGGUCCGAGACGUGGCGCAGUCGCUGCAGCAGAAGCUGUGCCUGCAGGCGGCCGAGCACUUCUCGCUGGUCGUGGAGCACGUCAAGAGUCUGCGGCGCAACAAGCUCACCCUGCUCGACCCCGACGAGCCGCUGGCCAGGAUAGCAGCACGCCCAGGCUCCCACAACCUGUGCUGUCUGUUCCGGGUGGCCUUCGUGCCCAAGGAUGCCUGCGACCUAGCCCAGCGGGACAUGGUGGCGUUCGAAUACCUCUACAUGCAGUGCUGCAACGACGUGGUGCAGGAGAGGUACGCGCCUGAGCUCAAGUACGACAUCGCGCUCAGGUUGGCGGCCCUGAACAUCCACCAGCAUGCCAUCUCCAACAACAUGGCGGGCAAGAUCACCGUCAAGGCCAUCGAGCGGGAGUUCGGGCUGGAGAGGUUCGUGCCGGUGUCGCUGAUGGGCUCCAUGAAGCGCAAGGAGCUGCGCAAGCUGAUUGGCCACUUCCUGAAGCUGAACCACAACCUGUCGCCGUCGGGCCAGAAGAGCCUGACGAGCCUGCAGGCCAAGCUCUACUACCUGAACAUCAUCGCCGAGCUGCCGAGCUACGGCGCCAAGUGCUUCUCCACCAACAUCAGGGGGCCCAGCGCACCUUGGCCUUUGAAUUCGUUGAUGCGCGGCCAGAUUCGGAUGAUCCCAAAUGGGUUCCAGGAUUCGAAUAUUGAGCGAGUUAUCUUGGUGAGCCCGAAAUUUGGCAUCAGCCAGAUCACAGGCAUGAGGAACAGUGUGCCUGUUCCGUUGGCAGACAUCGAACAAAUGAGUCUAGUCAUUGUGCGGAGAGAAGACGAGUUAUCUCGAGUUGUUCGAAUCUGCUUCGUCAGCACUGAAAUCAAGGACCUGGUGCUGAGUCUGGAGGACCGCGACGCGGAGGAGUUGGUGCUCGUGCUACAGGGGUACUACGCCGUGCUCACGGGCCACACGCUGCCCGUGCAACAGGACCGGGACCUGUCCUGGGUCGAGGACGCCGCGCCACCCUACCACGUGCAGCACCAGGUCCUGCCGGCCAAGUGGAGCUACGCCAUCACCGACGACAACAAGCCCUACGCCAACUUCGCUGUCCUGCCGUCGUACCAACCAGCUCACGCAAAGUCUAAUGGCCACUUGCCGUCGUCGGACACCCUGAAGUCAAGCCGAGCUCAGUUCGGAGUCGACAACAACAUGAACAACAUGUCUGGCGUGCUGAACAUGAACGGCAAUGCGACCACGAAGGAGCACAACGGCUUCUCGCUGGACAACGGCAAGCAGGCGGUCGCGGACGGCCGCAAGCACGCCCUCGACGUGCAGGGCGUGGUGUCCAUGGAGCUGCUGGAGACCGACGUCGCCUACAUCGAGGCGAAGAACGAAGAGGUGAUGCGCAGGGUGGCAGAGAUGCAGGAGCUGGUGAGCAGCUCCGAGCAGUACCUGACCCAGCAGCAGCAGCAGCAGCUGCGGCUGAUACGCGAGCGCGACCGCGAGGAGAGCGACUCCGAGAGCUCGCACAUAUCCUCCCUGGACUCGGACCUGCCUGGCCAGCUCAAGCACAGCGACUCCCUCCUGCUGCUCACGCAGGGCCAGAAGCUGCUGACGGACGCGGUGAACGAGGUGGUCAGCUGCAUCGACCUGGGCGAGACGGAGCCGUCCGAGAGCGACACAGACUCCAUGAGCACCCCCACCAACAGCCCGUCUCACCGCGCCAGCUCGGGUAAAGACCACGCCUCAGUGUUGAAGCCCAGCGACUCGAGCUUCGGGCUGCACAGUCCGGACAACCUGCUUCCCGUCGGCUUCCGCCCGAGCGAGCGCAACAUCCAGGACCUGCUGAAGAAGCUGCAGGAGGAGACCACGCUACCGUACAACUUCGCGGAGGGGACGCUGUACCUGGACCCGGACAUCAUCGACCUCACCAUGAUCCCCCCGCCGAUCACGCCCGACGAGGAUGGGGUCUAUGUCCUGCCUCCUCACCUCAGCAUGCCUCCCACGCCAUUCGCCGACGCCUCGCCCGUCGAGGCGAGGUUCCGCGGCUUCGACGAGACCGACGGCUUUGGUGCGGAGCAGAACCAUCUGCUUGACAACUUCUUGGACCUGAACCUGGACCUGGAGGCGUUCCUCGCCACGGUGACCGUCCCGCCGCCCACCCACCAGGCCGCUCCGUCCGUGGAGCUGACCCCGGAGGAGAUCAUGUCCUUCAUCAUCCCGCCGCCCCCCGCCAGCGGAGACGCCGCCCCUUCGAGCGUUACCCCUCGGAACACUGCAGCGGGGCUGGCCGGUCGGGAGACGGAGCCCCCCGCCGGCUCCGCGGUGAUCGAGUACGCGACGGUGAACCGCAAGGGCGGGCCCUUCUCGUGCUGCGGCAAGCACCGGGACAGCCCGGAGAAGACGGCCGCGAUACAGCCGCCCCCCCGGGCCAGCCCCGACGCCGCCCGGCCCCCCGCGCGGCCGCCCAAGACCAAGGACUGCCCCGAGGGGGCGAGGGGACGGGAGGAGCCGCCCCCCUCCCUGCCCCCGCACGGCUGGCUGCCCCCCAAGAAGCCGCCCCUGCCUCCCGGACCCUCGCAGGAGGUGAUACGCAGAGCCCAGCAGAGCCCCGUGCCGGCGCAGAAGGGCCGUCAAGCCGCGCCCCACGACGCCGGCCCCCUGGGCAAGGCGGCGGCGAGGAACGGCUUCGUGGUGUCGCGCGCGCUCAACAACCGCGACGUGCUGUUCGCCAAGGCAGACGCCUCCAUGGUGGACCUUCUCGAGCGUCUGGACCAGGCGGCGGGGCAGUGCACGCAGGCCCAGGCGGCGGGCGGCGGCUGGCGCAUGGACGAGGCCAGCUACCAGCUCGCCACGGCGUCGCUCACGGAGGAGGCGCGCCAGCUGGUGACGGCCUCCAAGCUGCUGGUGCGCAGCGCGGCAAGCGCGGCCGGACUCGACCUGCCCGAGAACCUGGCCAACUGCCUGCACCGCCUGCGCCGCCUGAGCGACCUGGCCUCCGACCUGGCCUCCUUCACCGCCGCACCCCUGCAGACACGCAACCUGGUGGUGAAGGUGCGCGACGUGGCGUCCGCCUUCCGCGCCACGCUCGCCGCCGCGCUGCCCGGCGCGGCCGCCCCCGAGGACCUGCUGCUGGCCCGCGCGGAGUCCCUGGCGGCCGUGCUCGCCGCGCUGCUGCGGAGCCUGCGCGUGUUCUCCCCGUGACCGCUCGCCCGCGUCUUCACCGUGCACUUCUAGCCCCCGGCCGGCUCCUGGUGUAGCACCCGUGACCGCUCGCCGGCGUCUUCACCGUGCACUUCUAGCCCCCGGCCGGCCCCUGGUGUAGCACCCGUGACCGCUCGCCGGCGUCUUCACCGUGCACUUCUAGCCCCCGGCCGGCUCCUGGUGUAGCACCAGUGACCGCUCGCCGGCGUCUUCACCGUGCACUUCUAGCCCCCGGCCGGCUCCUUGUGUGUCGUCUCUGUGGAGCACCAGUCUUCACGACACCUGCUGCGUGCUUGAUGUACGAACUACCAAAGAUGAGCAGAACCAAACAAAGUUGGGCGUUUUCUGGCAGAACUCACGUUAUUGGAAAAACUCAACUUUAACAUUUACGGUGGAUUUACUUCCAUUUGAUUAACAAAACAUCACAGUUUAAUGAAUGUUGUUUUUUACGAUUAUUUUGAAAUUGUGACUGCAAAUUUAAAGAAAAAUUUUUUUCUCCUCCCAAUUAAUUUUUCAGGUUUGUAAGUGUAAAGCAGCAUCCAAAUCGUUGCCAUAUGAUGAAGUAUUAUUGUACUAUGCAAGGUCGGACUUAGAAAAUUGUAAAAUAUUACUUCUGUAACAGAGAGAGGCUCAAAUUAGGAAUAAGGUAGAGUGAAAUUAUUUACAAUGGUGCCGAAUAGAAGUGCAAUGCUAAUGUUAUUUUAGGUAUGAAAAGUACAAAGUUUGUCAUAGAAAUAGUUCUAGAUAUUUGUUUGAACGUGAGCUGAGAUUAUCAUUUAUUUAUCACUUUGUGUAAGCAAGUAUAUAUCUAUAUAUUUUGGAUGCAUUUAUCAGUUUAUUUUAUUAUUUUGUACAGUUUUAUUUCGUAUAACAUUAAUAUUAUUGACAUGAAUAAUUGUUAUAUGUUUGAAUGUUAACGGAAAUGACGUGGCCAAAUUAUUGAUUGUGUGGACGUAAACCAAUGAGGAAUUUUAUUUUUCCGCUAGUCAUUUGUAAUCAGUUAAUAGAUGUGUAAAUACUUUUUAUAAAGAAUGUGGUAACUCAAGUUGGUCUGUAUUUGUGUGGACUGUAGUUUACUACAAAUGCUUAUGAUUUUACGGGAGAAGCAAAUAACAUUUUAGAAGAUAAUGUGUGAUAUAGAUAUUUAAAAACAAAAUUACCUAUAUAGCGUAGUAACAAAAUGUUUUUGAAGUUUUACAAUUCAUUGAAAUCAGAAUAUUUUUGUCAGUAUGUUGAAUUGGCUGUCAAAGUAAAUAGGUACCACGAAUAUAUUAAAUUAAUGUGAGUUGAUACAUCACUUCACAAAAUCAACCAUAUUUUCUAGCCAUCAGCAAUAUACUUUAAUAAAUAUCAUGGCUUAAACUAUUAGCUUAGCAUUACAUUUAUUUUUCAUUAUUAUUUUAGGUCAUUACUUUUGCAUCCAUUCUUGAACUAUAAAAAAUCAUACAAAUUGUGUUCUUUGAACAGAUAUUCGGAAUAAUUUUUUUGCUUCAACAUUCGGUUACAGCACUUUGAUGGUAUAAAAUAAACAUUGACAGAGGGGUACAAAGUGUUACACGCACACUAAAUAUUACAUAUUGUACCGUUUCUAUUUUAUAAGUGCACACCUAAUGUGGUAUAUUGUAUACGGUAAAUAAUUUAAUUUUUAAAGUUGUAUUUUAAGUUUUGAACAGUAAUUUUAAAGUAAAGUCAUCUUUCGUAGAGUUCUUAUUAAUGACACCAGUGUAAGAAAACUGAAAGUUUCAGUACAUAUUUUCUGGAAAAUAACUGCUUAGGAACAAAAUCUGUAGAUAAAUUUUAUAACUGAUGAUUAAUCAUUUCGGGACCAAAAAAAAUUGGUUAAAUGGGGUAUGUUAAUUUUCACAUAUGCAUACAAAAUGAUUUGAAGUUAAUAUGUAAUUCAUAAUAGGUAUAUAAAUUAACAUAUAUACUAUAUUUAAUUCAAUUAAUAUUUUAUAAAAGAAAACAAUUACCCACUCUAAAAUAUAUCUGGCUUUCAAAAAUUUUAUUUUAAAAAAAAUCAACUUCAAACAUCUUUUUCACAUGGAUGAUUCUAGUCUAAGCUUUUUUUUGUAAUUACCGAUGUCUUGAUAACAUAACUGAAUGAAAUUUUUAAACCACAAUAUAUGUUAUAAAUAAGUAGCUUUAGAAAUAGUGUGAACGUCUACUGCUAACCAUUUUGCAUUAGGAGUCACAUUACUCUAUUCCAUGUUGAUAAAUGUUCCCAGAAGCAAUGCAACCCUCUGUGAUGUUGAUACUUGUAGUCUGUGUACAAUCACCUUUCACGUUGUUCUUCCAACAAUUACUGUGGACUGUACAUACAAAGAAUGUGUUGAAAUGUUAAAAAAAAACUUGCAGAACAGGUUUCAGUUUUUUUUUUUUUUUUAAGAAAUAAAAUCAGAUAAACAAGC